AUGGCCAACGCUAAUGCUGCAGUCAACCAGAGCGCCGUCGCCGUGGGUCUUGACGCCCUGAAGAAUAAUGAUGUAGACUUCUCGCUACUUGAAGAGGCCUUUGGCUCGUCCAGCCUGGGAAUCAUCGUGGUAAAGGAUCUCCCGUCCAAGUUCCAUGAGCUGCGACAUAAACUACUAUCGUACGCCUCUGCUCUUGGAAACUUACCAGAGGACGAAUUGGUCAAGCUCGAAUCUCCAGCAUCCAAGUGGCUGGUUGGCUGGUCUUGCGGAAAGGAGACGCUCAAAGAUGGCAAAUACGACACUCUCAAGGGCUCCUACUACGUCAACUGUGCUAGCGGGUUCGAAGAGCAGCAGAAGUCGGUUGCUGAAAAGUAUCCAUCCUUCCCAGAGUACACCGCGCCGAAUGUGUGGCCAGCUCAAGAGCUUCUCCCAGGCUUCGAGGAGACUUUCCGCGAGCUAUGUACCCUCAUCAUCGACAUAGCUGCAUUGGUUGCUCGUGCCUGCGACAAAUACGCUGAAGCCAACAUCGAUGGCUACCAAAAGGGAUACCUCGAGCAUGUAGUCAAGACAAGUGUCUUCACCAAGGCCAGGCUGCUGCAUUACUUCCCCAGUCCCUCGCCCGCCCCCAACACACCCAGCGGUGACGAAGACGACUGGUGUGCCACUCAUCUCGAUCAUGGAUGUCUGACCGGUCUGACAUCUGCCAUGUUCGUCGACGAGGCCACCAAUCCGCCAAAAACAGGUGCAUCAUUCUCGCCCCUACAAGAACUGGAUCGCUCACCGGACCCCAAGGCGGGUCUCUACAUUCACUCCCGUACCGGAAACGUCACAAAGGUCAGCAUACCUCGAGACUGUCUCGCGUUCCAAACAGGCGAAGCGCUCGAGAUCAUCACACAGGGCAAGUUCAAAGCCGUUCCCCACUUCGUGAGAGGCGCGGCGACUGGGGGAAAGGUAGCGAGGAACACAUUGGCAGUGUUCACCCAGCCGAACCUGUGGGACAAGGUCGACGACAAGAGAGACUUUGCAGCUUUUGCCAAGGAGAUUGUUGAGAAGAACCACUAG